AUGAUCAGCCUAGUGAGAAAAGCAUUGAAACAAGGUCUAGAAGUCAAUGACCUCUAUAAAGCUCGAGAAUCAGACAAAUCGAAAGAACUUGCAGACGUACUCGAAAAAAACUGGACGGAGGAACUGCAAAGAGCCAAAUUAAAAGGAAAAAAACCAGCUCUUUUGAGAGCCUUGCUCAAAUCCUUCCUCGUAGAGUAUAUGUGGUGGGGGUUGAUGUUUUUCUUUCAGUUCGUAGUUUUGAGGUCCAUUCAGCCCUUAGUCCUGUCCUAUCUGAUAACCCUAUUCCAGCAGGCCAGGGAUGAUGACGAAUCAGAAGAAGAUAAAACCAGGACUAUGUAUAUUUGCAGCGGCGUUCUGAUAAUAGUAGCGACCAUCAUAGUUUUUUUCCAACACCAUACCAAUAAGGGACUAACUGUGGUUGGGAUGAAAGUUCGGGUAGCAGUGUCUUCAUUAAUUUACAGAAAAAUUACGAAACUAAAUCAAACUUCGCUAGGAGAAACUGCUGCAGGUCAGGUCGUCAAUAUCCUGUCCAAUGACGUCAAUAGGUUCGAUCUAGUCGUGUUGAGCCUCCAUUCAUUGUGGGCAUUACCGAUCCAAGUGGCUCUGCUCACUUACUUUCUAUGGAGGCAAGUUCAGAUAUCCUGUUUGGCUGGAAUACUAUCCAUGAUAAUCAUCUGCGUCCCCGGUCAAGGCUAUUUAGGCAAACUAACUGGCGUUCUCAGGUUCCGUGUGGCAAAGAAGACAGACAGCAGAGUGAAGCUGAUGAAUGAAGUGAUAUCCGGUAUACAAGUCAUCAAGAUGUACGCUUGGGAAAAGUCGUUCGAGAAGUUGAUCAAACUGAUGAGAGCAGACGAGAUCAAGGAUCUCACCUCGGCAUCCUACCUACGUGGUGUGUUUUUGAGUUGCAUGGUCUUUAUAGAAAGGUUGACGUUGUUCUUGACUGUAACCUGCUACGUCCUCUUAGGAAAUGUCAUAACAGCAGACAAGGUAUUUUCAAUGGCCCAAUUCUUCAACCUUCUCCAAUACGGUAUAGCUAUUUUAUAUCCGAUGGCUAUAGCUUAUGGUGCCGAAACGUUGAUUUCUGUCAAGAGGCUGCAGGAUUUCCUUUUAUUGGAAGAAAGAAAAACGCCGACCAUCGAGACAACUGAAGAUAAUGGUAUCCAGCUGACUAAUGUAUCUGCUUCAUGGACUUCCGAUAGUAGCACUCUGAAGGACAUAACCCUCAAUCUUCCACCUGGAACCUUGUGCGCUAUAGUAGGACCCGUAGGGGCAGGAAAAAGCUCUUUGCUACAGCUCCUGCUAGGUGAAUUGCCUUCAAAAUCUGGAACAGUAAAUCUGGCAGGGGCGAUAUCAUACUCAUCACAAGAACCGUGGCUCUUCCAGUCUUCAGUGCGUAAAAACAUCCUCUUUGGAGAACCCUACCAAAGCGGCUGGUACAAAGUGGUGGUCAAAGUUUGUGCUUUGGAGAAGGAUUUCGACCAAUUCCCGCAGAGAGACCAAACCAUAGUGGGAGAAAGAGGAGUAUCUCUGAGUGGAGGACAACGGGCAAGGAUAAACCUAGCCAGAGCCAUCUAUAGGAAGGCUGACGUUUACCUCAUGGAUGACCCCUUGUCAGCCGUUGACACUCACGUGGGUAGACAUCUUUUCGACGAGUGCAUAUAUAAACAUUUGAGAGGGAGGACAAGAAUUCUAGUUACGCAUCAGUUGCAGUAUUUGAAAAAUGCUGAUGUAAUCGUCGUAAUGAACGAGGGUCGAAUUGAAGCUCAAGGAUCGUUCGAGGAAUUAUCUAACAGUGAUCUGGAUUUCACCAAGCUGUUGGUGUCUGCGGAUGAAACGAAAGAAGAGUCUAAAGAAUUAGUGGUGACAGAGAUGCCAAAAAUCGAUUACUUCAAGAGAUUAUCGAUACGAUCAAUAAUGAGCACUCAGUCUGAGUACAUAGAAAUGAUGGAAUAUGGAGACACCGAGGAGGCAGGCGUUGAUACCAACGCACAUCCUUUCAGAGACUACGUCAAGGCAUCUAAGAACGUUUGUCUGAUUACUGUCGUAAUUAUAUCCUUGAUAAUUGCGCAAGUUGUAUGUUCUGGUGCUGAUUACUGGUCAUCAUUUUGGACAAGCCAAGAAGAGAUUAGACAUUCGACGAGAGCUCUUCCAGUUUUAGAUUCACCACCAUCAGACAUACGGUUCAUCGCUCUGGAAAAUCAAACCAUAUCGCCAGAUAAAAACCUAUACACAAACGAAAAUCGGGACUUCUCUUUCGACACCUUCUUCGAUAAGGUUUCUCUAGAUAAUAGGGAAUACAAGCUCCUGAAGACAGACUACUCCAUGGGAGUCUAUGGAAUUCUGAUAAUCGCUGCUAUCGUGUUGACAGUAGGAAGGUCCUUCUUCUUCUGCAAGAUGACGAUGCUGUCAUCUACCAAUUUGCAUCGCAAGAUGUUUCAUACCCUUCUGGAGGCCCCUAUGAGGUUCUUCGACACGAAUCCCAGCGGGAGGGUUUUAAACAGAUUCUCCAAGGAUAUGGGGUCAGUGGAUGAGAUUUUACCUAGGACUCUAUUAGAAGCCACACAGAUCCUGUUGGUAAUGUGCGGUAUCCUCGUCAAUAUUGCUAUCGCCAAUCCUUACAUGUUGGUAGCAAUGGUUGGAAUGGGAGUGUGUUUCUUUUUCCUCAGUAGAUGGUACAUGACCACUGCAAUCAAUGUGAAACAUUUAGAAGGAUCUACUAAAUCUCCCGUCUUUUCCCAUGUCAACUCAACACUGAAUGGAAUAACAACUAUAAGAGCAUUCAGAUCAGAGGAAAUACUUUGUGAAGAAUUCGAUGACCAUCAAGAUGUUCACACCUCCUCGUGGUAUUUGACCCUAUCCUGCAUAGCUUGCUUCGGUCUAUGGAUGGACAUAGUUUGUAUAGCAUUUCUAGCAUGUGUCACCUUCAGUUUUGUCGUAUUACAUACCAGUAAGAGUGCUACAACGAGUUUCAGAAUAAUUGUCUCAAAUGAAAACCGUUUUAGCUUCAACGGGAUGCUACAGCAUGGAAUGCGACAAACUUCUGAGGUCAUUAAUCAAUUGACCAGUGUAGAAAGAAUCAUGCAAUACACGGAACUCGAAACGGAAGGACCAUUUGAAACUCCAAUAGACUCUACCAUUACAGUCAGAUAUAUUUUUCCAGAUAAGAAACCAGCGGAAAGUUGGCCUUACCAAGGCCGGGUAGAAUUCAGAAAUCUAGUUCUGAGAUACGUAGCAGAGGAUGACCCUGUUCUAAAGAACCUCACCUUCACUGUUCAACCUGGAGAGAAGGUAGGCAUCGUGGGCCGUACAGGAGCAGGCAAAUCUUCCCUCAUUUCGGCUUUAUUCCGACUGGCCCCCACCAGUGGAAGUAUCCUCAUAGAUGGCGUGGACUCCAAGGUGUUGGGACUCACAGACCUGAGGAGGAAAAUUUCCAUCAUUCCUCAAGAGCCCGUACUCUUCUCCGCCACCAUGAGGUACAACUUGGAUCCUUUCGAUGAGUUUGAUGAUAAAAAUUUAUGGGAAGCCUUAGAGCAGGUUGAACUGAAGGAUUCUGUCGAAUCUCUCGACAUCAUGGUAACGGAAGGUGGCACCAACUUCAGUUUAGGCCAGAGGCAACUCAUCUGUCUGGCGAGAGCGAUACUCAGAGACAACAAAAUUCUAGUUCUAGACGAAGCAACUGCGAAUGUAGACCAAAGGACUGACGCUUUCAUCCAGAAAACGAUCAGAGAAAAAUUCGAGGACUGCACUGUGCUGACUAUAGCUCACCGACUGAACACCAUCAUGGACUCUGACAAGGUUCUGGUGAUGCAUUUCGGGAUAAUGGUGGAGUACGAUCAUCCCCACAACUUGCUGCAGUUGCCAGAAGGACACUUCCACAAGAUGGUGUUGGAAACUGGACCAGCGGUAUACGCGCAGCUCAAAGAUGUGGCUUCUCACGCUUUCGAAAAAACUGGCAUCACCAUCGUUCUCAAUUUGUUACUGAAUAAUUUAAAAAGGCUGGAGACUGUUACUUUGAUACCAAGCCAGGACUUUGUAUUGCCCGACUGGUUAAGCGAUUAUGAUACUAUAGGAUCACUGACCUUGAAAAACACACAGAUUCGAGGACUGGAUAGCAUGACCCUCAUCAACUGUAUAGCAAAAGAAAAAACCCCAGUAGAUGCGAGUGAUACAAGCAAUGUGAUGAUUACCAUGUUACUCAAUUUGACUUUGGAUCGGAUUGAAUUAUUUACUGGAUACGAUAUUGACGUUGGAAUUUUAAAUAUGAUACCCCUAUAUGGCAUUGGAGACCUUAACAUUUGGAAAGAAGCUAUCAUCGUUCCGCUACCCAAAACCAAUUCACCUGAAGAAUAUAAAGACCUCCGUCCUAUUAGUAUAUCGUGCACCUUGUCAAAAGCAUUUGAGAAAUUAUUGUCUGAGCAAAUGCGUAACCAUAUCGAAAAUUACGAUAUUUUACCCCCAAAAAAUCAAUCUGGAUUUCGGCCCAGCCACAGUUUUAGAUCUAAAAGAACUCACCAUUCUUGUUCUCCAGAUUACUCUAAGGCAUUUGAUACGAUAGACCAUGAGCUACUCACUGCAAUCCUAGGCUAUGUUGGGUUCUCUGAUGAUGUCAGAAAGUUGCUCAAGCUUGCUCUCUCAGCGGCCAAAGUAUCUGUAAAUGUCGAUAUCAAAAUAGCGAAUGAUUUUUCUAAAAUAUCAAUUUCUGAUUUGGACAUCCAACUUUCUUUCCGUGACUCUCCGUCAUAUAUCAGGGGAUUUUGGAAAAAUGAAGAUGCCAGCAACAUUUUUACAGGAGCUCUGAAUAUUUUGGAGAAAUUCUUCUGCAUGUGGUUCGACUAUGAAAGAACAUCUAUAAAUUCUGCCAUAAGUAAUAUCUUAGAGUUCGUGAUGAAUAAAAUUAUACUAAGAUCGAUAGAAACACCGGACCUGAGUAAAUAUGGAUGCAUAAAGAAAAACAAAUACAAUCUUCUGGAACAUCUGGAGAACUUUGCACUAUUCCAUGAAAAUGGUACUACUCAAGAAUAUUUUGUAAGUAAUACCACGAGGAGAGACUUACAAAAACUUUACUCGGAUACUAUUCAAGUGAUUAUUGAUAUUCUUGAAGAAGGCGAUUUCUCAAAGUAUAUGUUGUAAUUCAUUGUGGAAUAAACUUAAUAAAAGAAUCCCCAUCGUUUU